GUUUGGAUCAGGAUCAUCCAGGCCCCCUGUGAAUGGGGAGAGAGAGAGAGAAGGAGCCCUGAUGUCUGUACUGCUGCUGCUGGUCUGUAUGUCUCUCCUCUGCUCUGGGACGACUGGGGGAUGGAGACCAUGCACAGAUCUGUUACCUUUGGACUUCCUGUCGCGGGUCUUACCACCUGGCGGGGAGCCCCCCCUGCCUGAAGUGCACAUGGUCCAGUCCAGGGGGGCCCGGGGCCUGCAGCUAACCGGCUCUCAGGAGGCCCUCAGCUUCCCCGCUUCGCAGCUCUUCACCAACUGUGACCACUUCCCUUCUGAGUUCUCCUUCGUGGUCACGCUCAAGAUCCCACGCCUUGCCAACAAGAGGAACGAGUACAUCUUCUCGUUGGUGGAGGAGGAGUCAGACCGGCUGCUGAUUGGUCUACUUGUCUCUCAGGAGAGGCUCCACUUUUUGUUCCAGGGCCCGACAGUCAAGAAACGGAUCACGUUUAGGGCGGUGCGGCUGGCGGACAACCACUGGCACACAGUGGUGUUGGCCGUCACCGGGCGCUAUGCUACACUCAGAGUGGACUGCGGUAUGGCCCUGGAGCUGGUCUAUGAGAAGCCUUUCCCCAGUGAUCUCUGCACUGCCCACUCCAGGUUCUACAUCGGCAGCAGGAGGCGAUGGAAAGGACUGUUCUCUGGUCUGCUGCGACAGCUGGUUCUGUUGCCUGGGUCAGAUGCUACCUCCCGAGUUUGUCCCUCUUCAGACCCCAGACUGGCAGUCCUCUCUGUCCCUCAGGCCCUGCUCACCAUGCCCAUCACACCCACUGGGAACGACAUAGUCCCCCUGUAUCCUUACGAGGCAGAAGUGUUCAUAACCCCGGGGACCCAGCCUCCCUGUGCCAAGGCAGAGGAGGGCCAGCUGUGGUUUAACACACUGAAGAAAGGCUUGUUCCUGUGUGAUGGACGGCUGUGGAUGCCUCUGCUGCAAGAGAAAGAGCGUCUGGACUAUGUUGAAGACUACCAAGACCUUUACACCAACUCAGAGACGUUCGACAUCGAGGUGUUCCACAUCCCCUCCCAAGGACUGUUCGCUGCCACAGCCAAUCGCGAGACCAACCCGGGCUCUGGAAUCUACAAGUGGGUGGAUGGGAAGUUUCAAGUGUAUCAGAACAUCAUCACCUAUGAAGCACGGGCAUGGAAGUACUUCACUGUGGGCAACAAGAUGUUCCUAGCAGUGGCUAACUCCAAGGGCCAGCCCGGGCGGGGAGUGGGAGGAGUCAGUGAUCUACAAGUGGAGCAGCAGGAAGUUAAUGUUUCUACCUUAUCAGACCAUAGAGACACACAGUGCUCUGGACUGGGAGGCCUUCAGCAUACAGGAACAACAUUUCCUGGCUGUGGCCAAUCACAGACGAGAAGACACCCUGCAGCACCUGGCCGCUCUCAGGCUCCAGUUCCUCCACGGGACGAGGCCCGGGGCAGCUGGUCUCUGGACACCGUCUACCCUGUAGGGAGGCUCACAAGACGCAUCCUGCACUUCACCAAGGUGGGCGCGGCGGGGCCUGUGGGCCAAACCCUUGAGCGGAGGCGGACCAGCUUCCUGGACGGGACACUGCGCCGCACCGGGCUGAAGACGGGCUCCAUGAAGAAACAGAAGAUGGAGGAGGAACAGAUGCUGGAGAUGUGGGUGAAGGAGGAGACUUCAGCCACCAGGACCUCCAUCGUAGAGAAGUGGUCCAGACUUCAGGGACUGGACCAGCACACUGCCAUGCUCAAAUACAUGAACAUCAUCAAGGAGUGGCCCGGAUAUGGGUCCACACUGUUCGACGUAGAGUGUAAAGAAGGAGGCUUUCCUCAUGACCUGUGGCUGAGUGUGAGUGCAGAGAACGUGUCGGUCUACAAGAGAGGAGAACCCAAACCUCUGGAGACGUUCCCCUACGAACACAUCAUCUUCUUCGGAUCUCCCCAGGCCACUACCUAUAAGAUCACAGUGGACGACAGAGAUAUGUUCUUUGAGACACCUCUGGUUGGAGAGAUCACUAAGAUCAUGAAAGCCUACAUCAACAUGAUAGUAAAGAAGAGAUGCAGUGUCAGAUCUGGGCCCAGCUACGGAACCAACUGGAUCAGGUGAUUAGGGACAGGACACAGCCCAGUUGGCUUCCUACCGCCCCUGACCAGAAGGCUACAAGGCAGCAGGGUCCAUGAAGACAGGACUGUUCUCCUCAACUCAGAUGUCUGAAUAACUGAAAGCAGGCUGCUAUUCAGCUACUCCAGAACUCGUCCAACUCCGGUGUCCCAACUCCCGGUGUCCCUCAGUGUGGUACGCCAAGCCAACGUUCUAGAACAUUCUAGAAUGUGUAGAGCUAAAAGGCGGAACUACGUUCCUCAACCGUUUCCUAUUGCUAUUCUAUAGCUGUCGACAGAGUGGAUACCACGUUACCUUCUGCUAUUAUUUACAUCAAUUUAUCAAUAGUAUGGACCAAUCAGGAUGUCACAUCAAAUUUCCUUUUGUAUCAAGUUCUACCAUUUUCCAAUGGAUUGAGAGAGAAAUGUCUCACUGUCAAGCCUUCCCCUGACCAGCUCCCCUUUCCUUAUAAGAAUGUUGUGUCUAUUUUUAAAUUGGCAAGUGUUAUUAUUUUUAUUAUAAUAACAUCUGUAAAUGACGCCCAACUAUACCGUUAUAUAUUUACAAUGAGAAGAAGUUCUUUGUCUAAGUAAAGUUGAAAGACUUUCCCCUCAGGUUUUUCUGAGCCAUAGGAGUUGAAUCCCAAACCAACCACAGACCCAGGGAGUUGAACCUCUUUACAUUUCAAUGCCUUAAAUGGGUUCACUGCUUCCAUCCAUGUGGUUAUUCGUCUACUUUGGACUGUAAAGUAAUAGUUUUGACUUUCAGGAAUGGCAUCGCCAAGCCAGGGUUAUGUCAGGGCUAAUAGCUUGAUGGUUAUAACCAGUUAUAAUGCUAGUGGCAGAAGCUGAUAUUCUAUAGCCUGGUCCCAGAUCUGUUUGUGCUAUUGCCUACUCUGAGUAUGAAGCUUAACAUGUUUGAAAUGACAAUUCCAUAAGAAAGUUGGCAAAAGAGCAGAAAAGCAGGCUGGUGCCCAAAGCUAGCCAUUCUACCCAGUGCCCGAGAAGCAGGUUUUUAACUCUGGGGAAAUAACACUUGUAUUUUAUAUAACUAGAACAAACCAAUACAUAAUCCAUCACUACUAUAUUCAGGUUAUUAUUUAUUUACUAUAAAGGCAGUGGUUUAAUAUAGAACAUUUUGCUUAAUUCUAAAGAACAUCAUUAUAGAAUUUAGUCUGAGGUAUUUUAAUUUCAAUGUUUUAUUUGCUAUUUUGAUUUGAAACCAGAUUCGUCCUUGUAAUGAAAAUGUUUUGUGUGACUGAAACUGUUUGAAAGAGAGCGUGCCGUGUUGAGGAAGGUACUUCCUGGUUUUUGUGUUACUGAAGUAUUGUUGGUCAUGAGCGAUAGAGCAGGGUUAACCAUUUGGCACCCCAACUUUUACGAGCAAAUAUUAUCUUACAAAUUGUUGGACACAUGACUGUAAAAAAACACCUGCACCUCAGCUCCAAAUGAUUAACAUUCUGUUCUAAAGUAUUCCCACGCCUAAGGGAUGCUGGCCCAUGUUGACUCCAACGCUUUCCACAGUUGUGUCACCUGGUCAGUCUAUGUCAUGGAAAGACCAGGUGUUCAUAAUGUUUUGUACACUCAGUGUAUAUAUGUGAUUGUAAACAAAUGUAACCAAGGUUUGAAAUCAUUAUGUAUUAGUCAAAUAUUAUAUCCUAUUUGGGAUUCUUGCGGUCAAUUUGCAGUCUACAAAGUGUUAUGUUGAAUGAAUUAUGUUCCUGACCAUCCAUUCGCUCAAGAAACAAAAUCGUCCCGCGGCUGAAUGUAGUUGAUGAUCCCUGCUAUUGUGUGUCGUCGUGGGAGGGGGGUUGGGAUAUUUAUUAUGUGUAAUUCUAAUAGUCAGGAAGAGAGGGUCAGGAGGACUCACCAGUGAACACAGUGAGUCGUGUAACAGAUGGAGCCAUACAGGUGAGAGUAGAUGGAGGCAGCCUCCGACACCCAGCCUUGUAAGGUGAAAGCCGGUGACGGAGGCUAUCUGGCGUUACACUGCACAUGGCCCUGGGCUGGGAACUGGAAUAAAGAGCAACAUCACAUGCAGUAAACCGGGCUAUAGUGUGAUAUCAUGACAUUCUGGUGAUGAUAACAUAACAUUGUGGGAUUACAGUGUGAUAUCAUGACAGUGUGAUAUCAUGACAGUGGGAUAUCAUGACAGUGUGAUAUCAUGACAGUGUGAUAUUAUGACAGUGGGAUAUCAUGACAGUGGGAUAACAUGACAGUGUGAUUACAUUAUGAUAUCAUGACAUUGGGAUAUCAUGACAGUGGGAUAUCAUGACAGUGUGAUAUCAUGACAUUGUGGUGAUGAUAACAUUGAAUACAUUGUGGUAUCAUGACAGUGCACUAUAUAGGGAAUAGGGUGCCAUUUCAGCUGCUGGUAGAUUUUGAUAGAGCAUCAAAGGAACUCCAAAAAUUGUUUUUUUUAAAGUCCAAAUCCCAUGAUAGUUAAAUUAGAAAAGGGGUCCUUAAGGGUAUUUACACCAGAACCAUUUUAUUUAGUAAAUCAUUUUUCUUAACCAACAAUGCUGUUUUAAGAAAAAUGAGAGUCACGGACUUGUAAGUGAUCAUUCCACGUUAUGACAAAUACACAUUUGAUCAUGACUGUUAGGUUCCCUUGGCUGGAGAGAGUAAAACGGGCUGGUAAAUAUGUUUGUUGUAACUGGAUUUACAAAAUGCUUUAAUAAAAUGACUAUCUCAUAA